ACUAAUUUGGUAUUGUACAGUGGACACCGUAGGGAUUGGGGCGAGAUGAUUAGCAAUUUCGUCGAAGUCAAACGAGUUAAUGGAAACCAAUUGGGAUGAAUGGCUGCAAUCUAUGCAUUGCAACACUCUCAAAUAAGGCAGAGAGCUGGCGCCACUGAAUAAUCCGUCGGACAAAGGGAGUUCCUUUCCCUCCAGAAAAUCUCUGCGAGAUGACAAUUAACCAGAUCAUGAGAGGUGUUCUCCUGACAACGAGUAAAUACAACGGGUUCCAUCUCACUUUAUUGAAACAACACGUCCAUUCACUAGGCAACCCAGCAACGCUAUCAGAAACUGGAAACCUCAAACUCAUCAGACUAACUCACUUGGACUACUCAGAGUGUAUGAGCAUCUUGCGAUGCUGCACCGAAAUGAAAGACUUAAAACGAGGUCUUUUGGUCCACAGCCACAUAAUAAGAAAUGGGUUAGAUUCAAAUGUCAGCUUAAGCACCAAAUUGGUUGUUUUUUAUGUAAAACUGGGUGAUACUGUCACUGCUCGCAAGGUUUUUGAUAGAAUGCCUGAAAGAACUGUGGUGUCAUGGACAGCUCAAAUUUCUGGGUAUACACAAAAUGGGUAUUACCAAGACGCAUUGUUAAUAUUUUCAGAAAUGAGUCGAGCGGGUGUUAGGGCAAAUCAAUUCACUUAUGGGAGCGUUUUGAGGGCGUCUACUGGUUUGAGGUGUUUGUAUAGAGGGAUGCAAAUACAAGGGUGCAUCCAGAAAAGUAGGUUCCUAGGUAACUUGUUUGUGCAAAGUGCAUUGGUUGAUCUGCAUUCCAAGUGCGGCAACAUGGAGGAUGCUUGCUACUUAUUUGGAACAAUGGCUGAGAGGGAUGUGGUUUCCUGGAACGCAAUGAUUGGUGGUUAUGCUGUUCAUGGUUUGGCAGAUGAUUCAUUUCGGAUGUUUCGUGCAAUGAUGGGAGAAGGUGUAAUCCCUGAUUGUUUCACCAUGGGGAGUGUUUUAAAGGCAUCCAGUAGGGCUAAUGACCUGAUCAAAGUCUGGCAAAUUCAUGGAAUUAUCAUCCAACUCGGGCUUGGAUCACAUGUUGAUUUGAAUGGGUCAUUAAUUGAUGCGUAUUCAAAAUGUGAAAGCAUAGAAAGUGCUUAUGAUUUAUACAAGAACAUGGUAAAGAAAGAUGUAAUAUCUUUUACUGCCCUCACGACUGGAUAUGCACUCAGCAGUAGCUAUAGCUGGAAGGCCCUGUAUCUUUUCAAGGAAAUACAGCUGAUACACAUGCAGAUAGAUGAUGUUACCUUCUGUGCCAUGCUUAAUAUAUGUGCCAACUCAGCAUGCCUGAUCAUGGGAAGACAAAUUCAUGCGUUUGCUUUAAAAUAUAAACGUAGUUAUGAUGUGGCCACAGGCAAUGCUCUGGUUGAUAUGUAUGCAAAAUCCGGAGAAAUUGAGGAUGCUACUUAUGCUUUUUAUGAGAUGGAGGAGAAAAAUGUGAUUUCAUGGACUUCAUUGAUUACUGGCUAUGGGAAGCAUGGAUAUGGACAUGAAGCAAUUGCUCUGUACAAGAAGAUGGAAUAUGAAGGUUUGAAUCCAAAUGAUAUUACAUUCUUGUCUCUUCUCUUUGCUUGCAGUCAUUCAGGAUUGACUGAUGAAGGAUGGGAAUGCUUCCAUAAUAUGAUUAACAAAUAUCAUAUCCUGCCACGAGAUGAGCAUUUUUCUUGCUUGAUUGAUCUUUUUGCACGUGGAGGGCAUUUGGAAGCAGCCUAUAAUAUGAUAUGCAAGAUGAAUAUUAAACCUAAUGCAUCGUUAUGGGGUGCCAUUCUAGGAGCAUGCAGCAUUUAUGGCAGUAUGUCUCUUGGAGAAGCAGCAGCCACACACCUUUUCAAUAUGGAUCCAGAAAAUUCUGCAAAUUAUGUUGCGUUAGCAGGCAUAUAUGCUGCAGUUGGUGCAUGGGACAAUGUUUGGAAGAUGAGAAACUUAAUGGAAGAGAGAAAUUUGAAAAAGAAUCCUGGAUACAGUUAUAUACAUUCCAUGAAAAAGAACACUGUACUUUUACAGCCAGCUUGAUGAUGCUGGUUUAUUUGUUUGGCCCCUCAUUUGAGAGAUUGGAAGGUUUAUGUCACAGAGUUGGACGCUCUUGUCGUAAGCUGAUUCUAAAAAUGGUGGGAAAAAUGGUUCUUAGAUUGAGUAUGUCAACUGGUGUUAACGCUUCUGGUCAUCUCAACAUUCAGGUACUGAGGUACAUUCCUUCUUUUGACUUUGUGCUGCUUUUGGGGAUAGUAUGUCCAGGAUGAACGGAUGACUGUUCCUCAGUGACUUUCACUGGUAAUGUCAUUUGCCUCCGGUGGAGCUUCAUGCCCUACUUAUGCUACAUAUUUCAGAGACUACUGGAGGCAGCUACAGAAAUUUGUACACUGGAGCUUCUUAGUUCAAGAAUUUUGCAAUUGUUCCAAUCAAUCAGAGAAGAGGAGGAAUCGAAUACCAUGAAGUCUUUUCUAUCAUUUCAAGAGCAGCCUUUGGCAAGAAAUGCAAAGACCAACAAGCAUUCACAUCACUUGCUAAAGAAGCCCUUAAGAUGAUAGAAGGCUUUUACAGUUGCAGAGUUUUUCCCCUCUGUUAAAUUGCUUUGUGUGAUUAAGGGGAUAAAUUGCAUAAUAAUGUGGUUAUGGUGGUGGAAAACAUAAUCAAUGAACAUAGAACUAGAGGGCAAUAGCAAAGACCAAUGGUGAUAAGGGUGAAGCUGAGUGGGAUAUCUUGUUCAUACUCUGCUGAAUCUUGAGGACUUGGCGCAAUUCUCCUGGAUAAUACGUUUGCCGUGGUAGAAUGGGCAGUAUCAGAACUGAUAAAGAAAAAAACCAGGAGGGAUGAAGAAAACACGAGAAGAAGUCAUGCAAGUUCUUGCUAGAAAAAUAAAUGUUGGGGAAACAGGGCUUGAAGAAUUGAAGUACUUGAAGGCAGUGAUCGAAGAAACUCUGAGACAACACCCCUCAGGUCCUUUGCUAGCUCCCAGAGAAAAUAGCGCAAGUCAAUGGAUACGAUAUAUGCCCAUUAAGACUGAAGUCACUGUGAAUGCAUGGGCGCUCGAAUGUUGGAAGGGAUCCAGAUUAUUGUGAUGAUGCCGAGAAGUUUUAUCCAUAGAUAUUUUUGGACUAUGGAAUUGUGAACUUUACACAUGGGGCUGUGAGGAGAAUAUAUGUCCAGGUCUGUCUUUUGUUAUGGCCAAUCUGGUGCUUCUAAUUGCACUGUUUUGCACAAUUUUGAUUGGGAAGUUUUCGACGAUUCUAAGAAAGAAAAUUUUACUCAUGGACCUAAAACACAAGUAAGCGGGUAAUAUUUAAUUUAUUCAAUGGAGGGAUCCACUUUCUUGGGUUCAUAUUAGAUGUAAUUAU